CUUCCGUAUUCUUCCGGAUCCCGAGUAACUACAUUUCUUUACCUAGCUUGUUAGCUGAGAAAACGUUCCAGUAACACGACAAGAUGAGUAGUGAAAAAUACCCCAGGUCUUCUAUUGAAGACGACUUCAACUAUGGCACAAAUGUUGCUACAGCCAGUGUCCAGAUACGAAUGGACUUCCUUAGGAAGGUGUACACCCUUCUGAGCUUGCAGAUCAUUCUGACCACAGCCACCUCUGCCCUCUUCAUGUUCUCUCAAACCAUCAAGGAGUUUGUCCAUGCAAGUCCUGCUGUGGUUCUGAUUUCGGCUCUGGGCUCUCUGGUUCUUCUGCUGGUCCUGGCCGUGUACAGACACCAACAUCCAGUCAACCUCUACCUGCUGAUCGUAUUUACUCUGCUGGAAGCUGUUUCUGUCGCCACGGCUUUGACAUUCUAUGAGUAUUCCACCGUACUGCAAGCCUUGUUCCUCACCUGUGCUGUGUUUGCUGGGCUGACAGCAUACACCUUCCAAUCCAAGAGAGACUUCAGCAAAAUGGGAGCAGGACUGUUCGCCUGCCUGUGGAUCCUCAUCAUUGCAGGCUUCAUGAGGUUCUUCUUCAACAGUGACAGCACAGAGCUGGUCCUGUCUGGAGCGGGGGCUCUGGUGUUCUGCGGUUUCAUCAUCUUCGACACCCACCUGCUGAUGAAGCAGCUCUCUCCCGAGGAGCACAUCCUGGCCUCCAUCAACCUCUACCUGGACAUCGUCAACCUCUUCCUGCACAUCCUGCGUGUCCUCGACUCCAUGAAGAAGCACUGAGAGCCGCAGUACCACUUCACACUGCUCUACCCAGCUCACUCCAACGGCCUCGCUGGAAAACCCACAGAUAUGAUUGUUCUGUGAUUGCCUUGUGUUCGUGUGAGUGUUACUGUCCUGAAGUCCACCAAAAACUGGAUUUUAGAGAGGAAUCUACCUUAAUGAAACACAUGUCUGUAUUUGGUGAACUCUCUCUACAGGUAGCUGUGCUAUGUGCUUCUGUGUCUUUCACCCAACUACUGGUUUUUAGCUGAUUGUGCUUUUGUAUUGCGUUAAGUAGAUUUAUUUCAGGUAACUUGUGUUUGUUCUGAAACCAAAAUGUGAUCAUUAUACUAAAAGACAGCCAGUUAAAAGUACACUACCUGAUCUGAUGUACAGCCCUCUAGCACCCCCAACUGGCCUACUUGGAUCUUAACUCGUUUUUGGUCCGGGCGAGACGUUUGCCAGCAAAUGAAUCUUCUUUUGCUGCUCCAGUGAGUAUCUCAGACAGGACGAUGUAUGUGUUGAGUCAAAAUAAACUACAGUGGAGCUCUUUGACACAGAGAAAUUACAUAUAUCAGGCUUGCGUUUUAAGGGGAUUUGUUGACAGUUAGAUGAAUAUAGUAAAUCACCAGCCUUAUCCUUAAAAUAUAAUAUAUAUAUUACGCACUGUAUGUAUUGUCUUAAAGGGAAAUUGCUUCACUUCACCAGUUUGGUGCACUGAGCUCUGGAGAUGAGUCAUAGACUUGUGAUGCACACAUGCUCUGGCCUGGAGAGGGAACAUUAACCACAUUAAGAGUGAGCUGGUAGGACAUGAUAUGAGGCACUAGUGGACGCUAACAAAUUUCGGGAGUGGAUUUUUUUUAAAGUAGAUUUUUCUAGCAGUAUCUCUCAGUGGGCUUUCAGAGCCAUCAUUCCACCAGUUUAUUCUCAGACGAAGUUUAUUGUUGAAUGUUUUCACUGUUGUCAGAAAUGAGUAUUUUAUAUUCCAUCAGUGAGCUGCACUGCACCCCUCUCAUGUUCCACGUCUGAUAAUGAUGUACAAUAGCGAGAAGACUCAUUGUAUGCUCAUUUUAAUGAAGUGCAUGCCUGGUUUUGUGAAUAUCUGCGAUUGUACAUAUUUUAAUGGUGUAAAUGUAACUGUACAGUUUUUGCGAUCAAGAGCUGAACCUGUGAAACGUGAAGUGCUGAAGUUAGUGAAGAGAAAUAUGACGCGAAUCUAUCCCUCGAGUAAUCUCAAGCAUCAGGUUAUGGGUAUAUAUUAUGAAGGCAUUUGCUUUAACUGUUCUUAAUAAAUGAUUUAAUAAAAAGGACCUGAAAGUCUA